CUUGAAGCAGCCAUGGCAUGGAGCAAUUACGAGUUGAAUGCUUUCGAGGGGAAAGUGAAGCACUGUCUGCGGAUCAGGAAUCAGCCAGAUAAUGAGUUAACUCACCUGCUGGAAGAAGCGCUGCACAAGCUGCGGGGUCAGCAGAUUCAAGUUCUGAAUUUGCGCAAAAACUUGAAUGCCAUGCAUGCAGAAAAUUCUGAUUUGGUCACACGGAUGAGGUGGUUUGAGCUCAUGGAAGCUAGACUGAGAGAGCAUGCACACCUGGGAGUACGGGGGUCACACUUUGUGGUGGCCAGACUUCAGCAGGAGAAUGUGUGUCUGGAGAAGAAGGUUGAAGAAGCUGGGCCGCUGGAGAAGAUGGUGCAAGAUUUGAGGAAAGAGCUAGAUGAGGUGACGCAGCAGCGCAACGGGCUGCGGCAGCAGCUGAGGAAUACACAGGAGCACAGAGGGAGGCUGAGUCAACAAAUCAUAGAAGCUCAAGAUAUUUCCCUUCAG